CCCACGCCAUGGCUGCCCAUGGUUCGCUGAACAUUGGCGGCGGGAUCUUGCUGUGCCUCGCUCUGUUGCCGGCGGGCGUCCUUGGCCAGUGGGACUGCACAGGGGCGGAGUGCCCGGAAUUGGAGAACUGCAUUGAGGAGACACUGGACAUUGGGGCGUGCUGCGCCUCCUGCGUGCAGCUGGGUUGUGUGUGCCAGGGGUACAUGUACUACGACUGCCUGCGGGCUGGGUACCGGGCUGGCAAAAUCCCGGCGGGCGCUUCCUACUACGUGGACGGCGGGAGCACCGAGUGCAAGUGCCCGGAUGGGGGUGGGAAGAUACUCUGCAGCUUCAUCCCUUGCCCCGACCUCCCCAGGAACUGCAUCAAGAUCUACCAGCCCCCCGACGGGUGCCCCCAGUGUACCAUGCUGGGCUGCAUCAGCAGCGGGCAGCAGUACCCGGCCGGGCACUCCUUCCGGGUGGAGCCCUGCACCGUCUGCCACUGCCUGAGCUCGGGCUCCCUCAUGUGCACGGCCGACGCCGGUGGCUGCGGUGAGGAGGAGGGGGUUCACCCUGAGGGCCCCAGUCCCGGGGUCCUCUCCGACCAGAAAGACCCCCCACCGGAGGAGCGGGCACCCUCGACUGACGCUACGUCUGAUGAAUCUCUCGCUUCCUGCUGCAGCACUGGGCGUCUCUGGGCCUCAGAGAAUGGUAAAUGCCUGAGGGAUCCAUCGCACGGAGAGGACUCAGAGCUCUGCAGGGAGCUACAGAAACAAUGCUGUCUCUCCACGUUGGAGGAGCUGAGAUGUCAGGAAGGUGUGGCGGCUGCGACUCGUGGCAGCUCCUGCUCACCGGAGGCCAACGACGCCUGUGGAUCGGACGUGUUUAAGCGCUGCUGCAAGUGCUGCUCUCUGGGCCACCGAGCUCGGGGCCAGGGGCUGGCCUGUGGGCACAUUCCGGCCCUCGGCCUUGGCUGCGGGGAGCUGUUCACCGCCUGCUGCGGGGAGACGGACGACCACCUCCACCAGCCCGGCCAUCGUCGUGAGCCCAGGCGACCACAGGAGGCGCCCUUGACCGAGGCAGACGAGCGAAGAGAGGAGGAGGAGGGUCGAGGGAACCCUAGCCAGGUGUCUCCGCCGGAGGUGGAGGAGGAGGAGGAGGACGAUGGUGGCGGUCGGUGCCCAGACACAGCUGACAGUCACUGCUCGCAGCUCUGUCGGCGUGAGGGAUCGUCCAUCGUCUGCUCUUGCUUCCCAGGUUAUCAACUGAUGAGCGAUGGCAGCUCCUGUGCAGUCCAAUUUCUGACCCCUUCACUCUCUUUACAUUGUCACCUUUUCUUGCAACACGU